AUGAGUGUGGGAGAGAUGGGGAAGACUUGGAGUGUAAAGAGGGAAGAAAACAAAGGGACUGCAGUGAGCGUUGGGAAUGGCGGCGUCGUCGUCGACGUCUCGCCCAGCGCGAGUCCCUUGAACUACAACUACGCCGCGACGGAGGAUCAGCUCCACGACGACCCCAACGUGGGCCUUUUCUUCAAGAAGAAUGACUUGCAGCAAGGCAACAAGAUGAAAUUGCACUUCACCAAAACCAGCAACGCCGCCACUUUCCUCCCGCGCUCGGCCGCCGGAAAAAUCCCAUUUUCCGCCGUGAAACUCCCCCAGAUUCUCUCCCGUUUCUCUCUGUCCCCGGACUCGAAAGAAGCCCGGGUCAUGAAGAAAACCCUCGAAGAAUGCGAGGCGCCGGCAAUAAUGGGAGAAGAGAAGCUCUGCGCUACUUCAUUGGAGUCAAUGGUGGAUUUCAGCGUAUCUCAGCUGGGCAAAAACGUUAAGGCAAUUUCAACAGAGGGUGGGAGGAAAAAUGAAGUGCCCCAGAAAUACGUAAUCUCAAGGUCCAAAAGCAUGCUAGGAAAAGAUGGGAAAGCUGUGGUGUGCCACAAGCAGAGCUAUGCCUACGCAGUUUUUUACUGCCAUAAGACACAAAACACAGAGGUGUACGAGGUUUCUCUAGUUGGAGCCGACGACGGCGCAAAGGUUAAAGCUGUAGCGGUUUGCCACAAGGAUACUUCUGCCUGGAACCCUAACCACUUGGCCUUCCAAGUGCUUAAGGUUAAACCUGGAACUGUCCCUGUCUGUCAUUUCCUCCCAGAUGACCACGUUGUCUGGGUUAAUUAAUUUCUUUGU